AUGACGACUGUAUAUGAAUCAAAUAACACGAAUAUUUUUCCAAAUUUAAAUCGACUACGUAUUUUUCAAAUCAAUAAACGUUACACUUUGGCUAUUUUAUCGCAUUUUGGUUUUACAAUUGCAAUUGCGUUAUUUACAUACACACAUUAUAAAGUUUAUAUAAGUUUGUAUCCUGAUUUAAAGACUUUGGUGUUCACACUAGCGCAUUUUUUUGUUCAAAUACCUGCAGCAAUUUACAGUUAUAAGUAUUCAGCAACACGUUUAUUUGGAAUUUGUAUUUUGGGUGUUUCGAUUUUAACAUUUGUGUGUCCAAUUUUAAUACCCCGGUAUGAACCUGUUUUGCUAGGUGCAGCAGAUCCUGCAUUCUAUUCAAUAUGGCGAUAUUGGUCACCACCACUUGAACGUUCAACAUUAGUUGCAUUAGGGUAUACAGGAUCGUUUACUGGUACACUAAUUGUUGAUAAGUUAGUAAAAAUUAAUCUAUUUACUGUUGAAAAUAGUUUAUAUGUUUAUGGUUUGGUGGGAAUACUUUGGUAUUUCGAGUGGUUUUGGAUAUCAUUCGAUCACCCACGUCAACAUCCUAGCAUAACGGAAGAAGAAUAUGUGUAUCUAGAACAAACGGUUACAAUAACACAUACAUCACCACUACAAUCUAUCCCUUGGAAAAAAAUCUUUUUAAACAUACCCAUAUCCACACUCCUUGUAACUAGUUUUCUGCAUACUUUAUCCGGAUGGGUAACAAUGCAUUUUGGAGAAAAUAAUUUUGUUAAGCUAAUAACGAUUCUUGUAGCCAGUUUUGUAAGUGAUCUGCUUUUACGAAAAUCGUUAAUUUCAACAAUAAAUUUAAGAAAAAUAUAUAUCUGUGGUGGGUUGGCAAUGGUUAUCCCAUUUUGGAGUUCAACAUUAGUUGAAAAUCCAAAUGAUUCAAUUUGGGUAAACAUAUUAUCGCCUUUCGCUAUGGUAAUUUACUGUAUACCAUUAGUUGGAUUUUAUGCAAAUCAUUUAGAAGUCGCUGCCGAAUACAGUGGAAUUACAAAAGCCUUAAGGAAUAUGGUUGUAACCUUAACAACGAUAUUGGUAGUUACACCGAAUGAAUUUCUAGAUAUCUAUACUUUCCACAAACGACUAUUCUUAAUUUUAAUUAUUUUUGGAGCUAUAUUUUAUGCUAUUUGUGGAUCUUCCGAACAACAAGAUUUAAAAAGUGAACAAAAAGAUUUAAAAAGUGAACAACAAGAUUUGCUUGAAGAAUCACGUCAACAACAAAAUUUACAACAAAGUAGAAGAAAAAUCAACUAG